AUGCUGCAAAAUUCUUUAAUGGAUUUAAACAGCACACUUUCACAGAAACUGCUAGAGUUCCAUAGAGCCAUCAAAGACGAGUAUCUUUCUCUUAUAGAGGUUUUUAAUUUAUAUAUAUACGGCUACGGGUACAAAAUAGAUAUAUUGAAGGAAGUCUUUCCAGAUAUUUUUAUAAUUGACUUCCAUGAAAGUGAGAGUGUGAUAACCACAAGAAAUCUGUAUGAGCACUACUCCCUGGAGCCAGUCGAAACAGAGCUAAAGCACGCUUUGCACCAUAUCAACUCGCUCCUUACGCGGGAAAAAGCAAAGCCUAUUGCCAUUAUGAAUGCAAGAAAGGACUCAAUCGAAAAAAUAGAGAACUUGAAAAUAAUUCUUAUACAGCAUAGAGAGCUGUAUUUGUCCUUUGACGAUGUCCUGCAGUAUAACUUUGUCAUGCGAGACUUCACAACAUUCAUAGCAGAAGAAAAGAAAAGACCAGGCAUUUCCUCGCGCAUAGACGAGACACUAAAUGUGUACGACUGUGUGGGAACUCUUAGCAAGAAAAUAUUCAAGCUAGCGCUAAAAGCAGCAGCCACGCGAGUAGAGUUCUCCCUGCGAGACAUCUUCAAUAAGGAAAAGAAAAGGCUGCUGAUAGUCAAUUACAGUUCAUUUAGAGAGGCACUUUCUGCAUUUAUAGACUCAAACAUUCUGACAGAGAAGAGUGGAGUGGCCAAACUAACCUUAACAAAGAGAGAGCUUUCCGAGAUAUUGGCUAUUUUAGACAAAAAUAACUAA